AUGCUAUCAGCUGGUUUGUUUAGCGUUCAGCAGUUGGUCCUUAUGACUGUUGAUAUUGAUGCAUCUUUGAUCACUGCUCUCGUAGAGCGUUGGCGUCUUAAGACAUCGACCUUCCACAUGUCGCUUGGUGAGGUUACGAUCACUCUAGAGGAUGUUGACACACUGAGCGGCCUACCGAUCGACGGUGAGGCCGUCAUAAUAGACGUACCAGAUCAGGAGUGGUCGGCGACGUGUAUGAGACUGUUAGGACAUGCUCCUACUGAUCUUUCCGGUAGUGUCGUCAGGAUUAGUUGGCUCAGGGAGCAAUUCAAUCAUCUGCCGCCAAAUGCAUCAUCAUAG